CAAAAUUGUAACAAUGGACUACUUUUGAGCGAAUUGGAAGUCUCAUCGUCGAUCAGCAAUUUUCUCCAUUCAGCUGAACUGUAAAUUAGGCUAAUUUUUAAGUCCUACGCAUCAGAUCAGUCUCCUGUUAAAGACGCUUCGCUCGAUCUUCUAUCACCGGCAACUGUUCAGAUCCCUAUUUGGAAACUGAGGUUUAUGCAUAAGGAAAAGUUCUACUAUCAAACGAUACCUCUACGAGUUCUUUCUUUCAAGCCACCAUUCGACCCAAGAACAUUAGGCGGACAUAAGCUCUCCUCAACGAUGGACACGCCCGAAAAAUCUCCUUCGCCAAAAUCACCACCCGUUUUAUUGUCGGACGAUCCACUUUCAAGCCCGUACGCAUCACUAAACUCCCAUUGCCAUGAACUCUCCACACUGCAGGACCUCGCCUGCCGUGGCGCGUGGCGAACAAUCCUCGACAAGGUGGCUCGUUCGCGUUCGCUCUCCCUCCUCACCAAGCCUCACGAGCACCUCAUUUACCUCACUUUCAACCUCCUUGCGCUCGUCAAGCUCCGCCGCUACUCAGACGCGCAGCACGAGCUUCAAACCAUGGACGAAGAUCUCGACUCCAAACAGUACCGAUUCGAAUCAUACCCAGAACACUACCCGAAUCACAAGCCCGGGUCAAUGGUCCCUUUUGCCCUCCGUUGGCUGCACGCUCACUUGCCAUUAACCCUAGGUGACCGUCAAUUAUCCCUUGAUCGCCUUUACACUCUCCUGCAUUUCAUCCGUGAGAAGAAAUUGCCCCGAGAUCCAGAUUCGAUCAGUGAUGUAUCGCUAACCCUUUGGAAAAAGCGAGAGACUUUUGUAGUCAAUACGAUUGUCGGUUAUCAUUUGAGCCAGAAGGAGUUCAAGGUAUGUUUGGCCUUGCUGAAGUCUGAGAUAGUAAAAAAUGAGGACCCUUUAAUGAUUUCACAACUAGGGUACGUGCAAAUGCAGUAUGGUGAUUUGGAUGGUGCAAAACGGAGCUUUGAGUUGGUGGAUAGUAUGGCGACGGGGGCUGAUAGUGGGGAUUUGAAGUUGAAAAAUUUGGUGAGCAGGAACAAAGCAUUGAUGUAUUUGGUGGGGAAAGAUUAUGUAUCUGCCGUGAGGGAGUACGAGGAGUGUAUAGAGAGGGAUGGAUCGGAUUUUGUGGCGAUUAAUAAUAAAGCACUCUGUUUGAUGUACUUGAGAGACUUGUCAGAUUCGAUUAAGGUGUUGGAGAGUGCAUUGGAGAGGGUGCCGACUGUGGCACUAAACGAGACGCUUGUGGUGAAUCUGUGCAGUAUGUACGAGUUGGCAUAUGUGAACCAUGCAGAUGUCAAGAAGACUCUCAGUACUUGGAUCGCGAGAGUUGCUCCCGACGAUUUUGAUUCCUCGUGUACCAGGAUUUGAGGUAUAAAUCGCUUGAAUGCAACGGUUUUGUGGGAUUUAAUGUGUCCUGUUGUUAGAAAAGAAGUCUUGCGCCUUCAAUGGCCUGCCCUUGAUGAUGAUAUUGUACCAAAGAAAAUGAAGAGAGAAAAAAAAGGUGCUUUUUCUUUCCAGCUUUCUUUCUGCUACUCAUUUCUCUUAAACUUCGAUCCUUUUUUAUUUUUAUUAUUUCUGAGUACACUAUAAAGUUGAAUUGCUCUGCAGUACAAACUCAAAUUUGCAGAGCAACUCCUCUCCUUCAUGUGAAAUUAUCAUCUGGGCUGUGUUUAUGAUGAUGUAUGUUUUAUGUUGAAAAUGUAAUCGUAGCAGCUAGGCCGAAUCCUUUUCGUUUUCGAAGCAAUGCCGUGUUUCAGUUUCAGUUUCUGUGAGUCUUUGUGCGAGUGUCCAUUUUAUCUUUUAUUUUUUCUCUUGCAUGUUUCAUCUAAUGCUGAUAUUUGAAUGUAUUGGCCCUAACGGUUUCGCGCUAGUCCUAGCGGGCUUCGUGCUAAACGGUCCAAGAAAAAAAAAAAUGCACUGAUUUAAGCGUACCGGAAAAUAGAGGACCUAACCCUGUUAUUUUCCGGGCUAAACGGACUGG